UUUUAGCUGUCGUCUCCCCUUCUUCCGUCACUCUCUAGCUUAGAGGAGAAGGAUGUUUUGUUCCAUCAAUAAGUAGUUUUGCAAUCAUGGCAGAGAGGAGGAGAUCUGAUGCUGGACAAUUACUGAUUUCUACCACCAAUAACACCACCACCGCCACCCUAACCAACAACGUCAGCAACAGCACUAAUUCUACCUCUACCACCACUAAUACUACUACUACUACUACUACUACUGGAGUCAUAGUGACAACACGACUGGAACACUUGUCUACCCCCACCACCACCUCCAUUCUGUUAUCAUUGAUAUUACUGUUGACGACAGCGUCAACUCUGGCUGCUAAUAUUUUCUCUUUUUUCUGUUUUCAUAGCAGUCUCUUCUUGCAAAACUACCAGAGUCAGCGUCGUGUUUAGCUUUUCAUCGACCACCACAUACUCAACAAACACACUCUUACCUAUCUAUCUCAUAGAAAUAUCUGCACUUCUUCAUAACAGCCAAGCACUGUCUAGGAUUUAUGGUAAAGGUAUAUAAAAAAAAAUAUAUAGAGAUUUAUAUAUAUAUAUAAACUUAUGAAUAAAUAUAUAUAAUAUAUAUUUAUAAAUAAAUUAUACAUAUAUAUAUAUAUAAUAUAUAUUUGUGUGUGUGUGUGUGUGUGUGUUGUAUGUGCGUGCGUGUUAGUGCAUGUUAUGUCUGAUGGGAUACACGCAUAUAUAUUUAUAAACCAGCUGGACAUAAAUAUCAAUAUAUUCACAUUUAGUCACUGAAGGUGAAAAAAAUCCAGAAAGAAAUCAAAAUCUUAAUUGCAUUCUUGUACUGUGUGAUAUAUAUAUAUAUAUGUGUAUAUAUGUAUAUGUGUGUAUAUAUAAGUCCCUGGCUUUCUUAAUUUUGAGCAACAUUCUUCCUUAAAACAACGAACACUUGUGUACGCAGACACGUAUGCUGGAGGCAUUGUGUAUGCGUUCAGACAUAAAUAUAUCUAAGGCAUGUUUGUUAGUAUUAACGGAAGAGGGAAGGGUUACAAUUGAAAUGUGUGGCUAGAUGUCUGGUAAAGUUGCUAUCAAUAUCUGACCCACAGAAAAAGAGAGAUCUUCACAUUAAAAAAAAAAAAAAAAAAAAAAAAGAUGGGAGCUAAACAAAGCUCAACUGGACCUCGUAUGAGGACAUAUUCGGGCAGUGGCCAAAGUGGAACAAGUACAGGCAAUGCUGGCAACUCUGGAGGGGAACUUGCUGUUGUUGGAGGUUCUGCAGGAGCAGGUCAAGCCACAGCUGCGAGGGCUCGAGCCCGAAGCUUGGGCAGUUUUCAUCCAUCUACAGGACAUUCACCUUCUCUUAGUAUACCAAAUAACAACGGUUCUGGUGGAGUUAGUGGUGGGAUAAGUUUGUUAGGGGCCAUGUCCCCAGACUCAGAUUCCAGUACACCAGAGGAUGCACCAUUCGGACGUUCUUUCACACAUUCGUUGCCUGUACACUUAUCUUUCUUCACAGGCAUUAAAUGUCCUGUUUGUUCAAAAUCAGUUGCUGCAGAUGAAUUAGAAUGUCAUCUUGUUAUAUGUCUUACAAAACCAAGGAUUAGUUAUAAUGAGGAUGUAUUGACAGAGGAUAAAGGUGAAUGUGUGAUAUGUUUGGAAGAUCUCAAACAAGGGGACACCAUAGCACGACUUCCUUGUCUUUGUAUAUAUCAUAAAAUGUGCAUUGAUAGGUGGUUUGAAGUGAAUCGUUCCUGCCCAGAGCACCCCUCUGAUUGAGAAUUUUAUUGGAGACUGUAUGGACAUUUUUUACUGAAGCCAUGAUGUUCUUGGGUAAAGGAAAGAAAUGGGGGGCAAGGGUUGUGGGUUUUGAUGUGAUGGGUUGGUUAAGAAAGAAGAGAAAAAUUGAUUGCUGGACUGCCAAACAGGACAUCUGCCAUGGGGCUUUCUGCAGUAGUGAUAUGUGCUUGAUUGAAAUAUUGGUAGAAGCAGAUUAUUACAACUAUGAGAAUUUGUAAACAUUUUUGAAGAUAAAUAACUGCAUCUACUGAAAUAUGCAAAA